CUGUAAAUACUUCUAUAUAUGUUGGUUCAUAAACAAUGUAGUACCAAACGAAUAAUAUCUCAGCUCCCUUUACUUUUCUUUAUUGUACGAACAAUAAAAUAUAAUGCUACUCUCUUUCAUUUUCAUCUACCAUCUUCUUCGAGUAUAUUGAUGGCACCAAGUUACUAUUCACAAAUCCAACGGAGUAAUCUCUGCCAAAAUCAUUUUGCAGAAUCUAAAUUCAUUUCAAAGAGCAUGACCUGCCAUUUUUUGAUACUAAUGAGUCUAAUUAUUCCCCUCCCUUAUAUCGGUGCUGAGAGCGAGAGGGACUCUGUCAUCACGGUUGGAAAAGAACAACCCCACAUUUGGCAAAUGCGUACCACUCCUCGGAGACCGGGGACAGACGUCUCCACGGAUUCGAGAUCAAGAAAGCGCCACAACACCAGCCAUAAUCGUCAAAACCAUCUUCGCAAUGCGCAUGAUAUUCUGAAAAUCAUAGGAUGGGGGACUCUGUUACCAGCUGGGGCAAUAACAGCAAGGAACUUUAGAAAACAUCCAUUGAUGUGCGAGCGAUGGUAUUGUUGCCACGUAGUUUGUCAAAGUGCAGGAUAUAUUCUGGGCGGGAUAGGAUGGUUCACUGGAUUGUUGCUUAUAAGUUUUGCUAAGAAAGAAUUUGGCAGCACGUCAAAUGGCAUUAUUGGUACCAUCAUUUUCAUACUCACUACCAUACAGAUGAUUGCCGUGUUUUGGCAACCAAAGAAAGAACAUAAAUGUCGAAAGUGGUGUGAGAUAUUCCAUCGUGUUCUUGGGUAUGCUUUGAUUUGUUUAAUUAUAAUAAACAUAUUUGAAGCGAUCAAUCGUCAAAAUAGAUGGAUGUGGGCUUAUGCGGGAAUACUUGCAGUUUUAUCUCUUGUUGCUAUCGUUUUGGAAGUCAUUAGAUGGAUUGAAUCUCAGGAUUCCACACCAAUUCCCCAAGUCAAUAACAAUGUCAAUGUUCACCCUUUUCCGGACUAAUUGUAUCACUUGCUGUUUUCUUUUUCUUCUUUGUCCAAUUUCUUUUUAGAAACUCUAUUGUAUCUCCAUCUAUAUGGCCUAGCUAGCCAUUCUACUAUAUUUAUAAAUUUUUGUACAUUAGAAUGGAAUCAAAUUGUUGCCUAUAAUUGGAAUAAGCACAUUAGAAAUGGAGAAAUAAGUUUAUGCAA